AGUUCGUUCCUCCUCCUGUUUCCGCCCUCAGGAGGAUGGUGCAGUCCAAAGGAUGAGCUGCCUCCUCCCAGCCUCUCCCUCCACCCUUGAGACAGAUGUUACUCUGGAUGCUAGAAAACCCCACCAGGCUGGAUUUGCCGUGUUCACCAGCGCAGGGUGGCUCUAACUAGAGUCAGCCCAGCUCCUCUAGAGGAAGCAGCACCUUCCUACCUGUGGCAUCAGCCGCUCUUUGGGAAGAAUCGUGGGAAGCCAAAAUACAAAACUCCACAAGAAACUUGCUGGCUAAUUGGAUCACUUAUUUAUCCCACCAUCUCCCGGGGCUACAUCCAACUGCCCAUCUGAGGACUGACAAUGAACGCUGCACGGAGGGAAGCGGUGCUGGACUCCACGGUGACCACUCCAGAACCACAGCCAGGUCACAACGUCACUGAGACGCCCAGCAAGCAGGAUGUGUUCUCACACAUGAAGAACAAAUUCAUGAAUGAACUCAGCAAAAUACCAAUACCACCCUGGGCCCUGGCUGCCAUCAUAAUCGUAGCCUGUCUGCUCCUGCUCUGUUGCUGCUUCUGCAUCUGUAAGAAAUGCUUCUCCAAGAAGAAAAAACAGAAGAAGGGAAAGGACAAGGGCAAGGCUCAGAUCAACAUGAAGGAGGUGAAGGAUCUGGGGAAGAGCUACAUCGACAAGGUGCAGCCAGAUGUGGAGGAUCUGGAUCCAAGUUUACUUGGAGAUGAGAAGAAGGAGGAGGAGAAGCUCGGGAAGUUGCAGUAUUCCCUGGAUUACGACUUUCAGAGCGGUCAGCUCAUUGUCGGGAUUAUCCAGGCAGCUGAGUUAGCUGCCUUGGACAUUGGUGGAACAUCUGACCCCUAUGUGAAAGUCUACCUCCUGCCAGAUAAGAAGAAAAAAUUUGAGACCAAAGUUCAUCGCAAGACUCUGAACCCCACCUUUAACGAAUCAUUUACCUUUAAGGUUCCUUACUCAGAGCUGGGAGGUAAAAUCCUUGUCAUGGCCGUGUACGACUUUGACCGGUUUUCGAAGCACGAUGCCAUUGGUGAAAUCCGGAUUCCAAUGAGCAGCAUUGACCUGGCUCACGUGAUCGAGGAAUGGAGAGACCUUGAGUCGGCUGAGAAGGAGGAGCAAGAGAAACUGGGCGAUAUCUGCUUCUCGCUUCGCUACGUUCCGACUGCAGGCAAGCUCACUGUCAUUGUGCUGGAAGCCAAAAACCUGAAGAAGAUGGAUGUUGGUGGACUGUCAGAUCCAUAUGUGAAAAUCCACCUCAUGCAGAAUUCCAAGAGGCUGAAGAAGAAGAAGACGACUAUUAAAAAGAACACCUUGAACCCGUACUACAACGAGUCUUUCAGCUUUGAAGUGCCCUUUGAGCAGAUUCAGAAAGUCCAAGUGGUCAUCACUGUUCUGGAUUACGACAAGCUGGGAAAGAACGAAGCAAUCGGCAAGUGUUUUGUGGGCUGCAAUGCAACCGGCGCUGAGCUCCGACACUGGUCGGACAUGCUGGCCAACCCCAGGCGACCCAUCGCGCAGUGGCACACCCUCCAGCCUGAGGAAGAGGUCGAUAUCGCCCUGGGCAUCAAGGCGUCAUGAUAUCACACACGGGCCAUUAGGAGACGCAGUAGUUGAAUAAGCUUUGAACAGCUGUUUGUUUUUUUUGUGGCUAUUUGUAAAAUAUUAUCACAAACAAGUUGUUGAUGAGCCUACACAUGUACCUGUCCCAGGAUAUCACAGUGUGUUCAGAACAGCCUUGAAUAAGGCCAAGUGUUUCUCUACUUUUCAGGCAGUCUGGGCACAGUGAUUAUAUUCAAGGAAACUGUUUUUAUUCCAGAUCUGGUCAUAUUGUUAUUCUAUUUUCAUUCUAUGAUUGUGUAGCGUUGUGCCUGUUUUGUAAGGGGGAAGUUAGACCGGGAGGUGAAAUGAGUGAAGAGAGAAAGCUACAAGGUAACGGUAUUGAAGAAAAAAGGAAAAAUGCAGGUAACAUCAACAGUACAAAAUAGCUGAAAGAGGAAUAAGAGAAAGGACUGUAUCACGAACCCUAAAACGAUCAGAGAUUGCGGUGAGCAGAUAGAAUUCUAUUUUGUGAACGGAAGUUUGAUCUGUUGAAUAAAACUUAAGUUAUUGUUCUUCAUGCACUGUG